GGGUUAGGUUCAAAAUUAACUUGGUAACGUCAAACGCAUCAACAGUUGGUCUAUUGCUGUUUUGGAUGAAUGCGACAAAAACGAGUUUACGUUUUCCUGAGUCAUUCGACAAAGGGCAUUUGAUAACUUGAACAGUUGUUGAACAUAUUAGACUUCAGAUCAGAAAACAAAACAGCAACAUCAUAAAUGAAACCGAAAGAGGAAGUGAUGAGGUGUUUAAUGAAUAUGUACGGAUAAAAUCUCACUAUGGCUAACCAAUCUGAAAGCAAUGAUGAAGAUUUUAACAAUUUAUCAAACAAUUAUGAAAAUGUUGAUACCAUACAUGAUGAACCCGUGGAGUCAAGUGACCAGAAUGGGACGAUGGACAACUCCAGCCAUUCUAUAGAAUAUCAAUCCCUGGUGUCGAUGUCGGAUAUUGAUAGACAACCCCAGAUAAAUACUGGUGAACUUGUGACAGGUCCAACCAUAAACAUGGGUGGGAUGCCUGGUGCCAGUGCCAAUCUUACCCUAGGAGCCACUGGAGCUCAACAGCCUCCAACUGCUGAUCCUGAGAAACAUAAACUUAUCCAACACACCAGUGGAGAGGUGUGUUCUCUACCUCACUGCAGAACAAAGGUUAAUGACUUAAAUCACAUGACAACUUGCAAUGCUGGAAAGUCCUGUCAAGAUGCUCAUUGUGCGUCGUCAAGACAAACAAUAACACAUUGGAUAUAUUGCACCGGAAAUGACUGUCCUGUGUGUUUGCCAUCGAAGCAUGCCCAAAAGACAGACAAGACUAGACAGAAUUUAUCUAAUCCAAGUGAUUUUAACGAUUCGUUCAACAUGCAUGAUAAUGUAAAUACGCUUGAUGACGAACUCGUGGGGUCAAGUGACCAAAAUGGGAGGAUGACCAACUCUGGCUACUCUAUAGAAUAUCCAUCCAGGAUGCCGAUGUUUCCGAUAACAAAUAAAGUCGUACAACCCCAGAUGAACCCUGGUGGAAUAGUGGCAGGUCCAACCACGUACAUAGGUGGGAUUCCAGGUGCCAGUGCCAAUCUUACCCCAGGAGCCACUGGAACUCAACAGCCUCCAACUGCUGACCCUGAGAAACGUAAACUUAUCCAGCGACAACUAGUGCUGUUGCUGCAUGCCGACAAAUGUCAGAGACGUCAGCAGACCAAUGGAGAGGUUUGUUCUCUACCUCACUGCAGAACAAUGAAGAACGUGCUAAAUCACAUGACGACUUGCAAUGCUGGGAAGUCCUGUCGAGUUGCUCAUUGUGCGUCAUCUAGACAGAUAAUAACACAUUGGAAGAACUGCACCAGAGAUGACUGUCCUGUGUGUCUGCCAUUAAAGCAUGCCCAAAAGACAGACAGGACUGGGCAGAAUCCAUCCAAUCCAAGUUGGUACACAACUCCACCUAGUAUGGAUCAACAUAAGUCCCAGCAUAUAGCAGUAAACACGAACAGUUAUUUUAAGGAAUGGCAUCAAAGUGUGACGCUGGACAUUAGACACCACCUUGUUGUCAAAGUGAUUAAAGAAAUAUUUCCUAAUCCUGGCCCUGUUGCUCUUAUGGAUAAGAGAAUGAACAACUUAGUGGCCUAUGUUAGGAGAGUGGAAGGAGAUAUGUAUGAUACAGCAAAUAGCCGGGCGGAGUACUUAUAUAUACUGGCUGAAAAGAUUUUUAAAAUCCAGAAAGAACUGGAGGAGCGUAUUCAUUAGGAUACAGGAACAAGGCAGGAGCAAGAGGCAAAGACAUGGCAAUUUGGUAGAGAACCUGCUUAAAAGUUAAACGUAGCGCUUGUGGUAUUCAGGGAUUUUUUAUAUCAAUUGGGAAGAGCACCUGCAAUUGCAGUCCGAAUUAAAGAGUCGAGUAUGCGUCGAUUAGAAAUAUUCAUUAAAAUGGAGAGACAUGACGUGACAUAACUUGUCGAUUCUCUGAAAGAUUUAAAUGUAAUUUUACAAACAGCACUCACAAACAUUUAUACUACAAAAUUAAGAAACAUAUAUAUGUUUUUAAAAGUUAAAAAUAAAAUAAAAAUGUGUACAGACGUAACAGUAGCUCAACAAUCUUGCAUAUGUAGCAUAAAAUAAUCACAAAAACAAGGAAUAAAAGGCAUUAAAAUACUUUAUACAGGGUCAAAUUUUGAACAAAUACUCAGAGUUUUAGCCAUAAGCACUUGUUUCUGGUAUAAGUUUACCCCACAGUAUAUGUCUACUACAAGAUAAUCUUUAUUGAAGAAUAAAUUGCUUUGGUUUUAGCACAUCUAAUCUGAUAGCUCGUGUAAGCUUUUUAAACGACAACAAAUUACGAAGACCUCAAAUCUAGAUUAAGCCUUUGCAAUGCUAAAGCCAGCAUGGAGUUCCAUAGCUGCAGGUCUGUAUAGCUCCCGGUCUGAAAAAAUUCGGAUGGACGACCUGGGAGCUACAGUGCCUCCCAUAGUAAAAAAACUGCAAUUUACGGCGCACAAAUUAUUGCGCUAGUUUUGGACUAAUUAACCUUAUUUUCUUCGUAACAGGAGAAGAAAAAGGAUGAAAUAGCUAAAAGUAUUGGAAAGACAUGAAAUGAGGCAAAAUAACAGCAUAAAAUAGAGUAAAAUGGAAGACUAAAGCAUACCUGGCGCAGACUACCAAUUUUUGACCUAGAGAAAACUGACCUAGGGAGAGUCAAAACGUAUUGCAAACGUAUGACACAGGUAGAUAGAAAGCCACAGUAGCCGCCUUAUGUUCCAUGUGACGCAGAGCAUUGAAAGAAAUUUAUUGGGGCUCGACACUAAAAUUUAUUAUUUGAUGGAUCUAUUAAGUAUUUUUUCUGAAUUGUGAUUUCAUUCGUAAAAAUCGGUAUAAGGUCUGAAUUAUUUUACUUUUUAUUUUAUAUUGGUUUAUUUAGAUAAAUUGUGAUAACCCAUUUAAGCGAAAACAAUGUUCUUAAAAUUUUGUAUUAAUCAAUGCAUCAUAUUAUUCCUAAGUAAUACAUGUACAAUUCUUAUUUAAAAAGAGAACAAAGUUGGAUUUUUUGAUGUAUAAUCAGACUACUUGUGAUCAAUGAAAUAUGUGAGGCAUGUAUUUCCAUCACCUAAAAGUUGUGCUAUUAAAGAAAAAGUAUUAAUGCAAGUUGUAACCUUUUUCUAUUUCAUGAAAAAACCCAAAACUUUUGCGAUCAAAUGCGAUAGAAACUCCUGUCAAGUAAAAUGAAUGAAGGC